UUCUGAUCGGUUCUGAUACGGAGGUCGAAAGGCAUUAUGGGAACAACAUCAUGGCGGAACAUUUGAAUCCCCUAAGUGAGUGUAGUUCUAAACCGAAGCUUUUUAGUCGAGGUUUUUUGAAGAUAUUUUGGUAGAUAUUGUGUUCCAAGUUCUACUUUACACAGUUGUUAUUAUUACAGCCAGAAAUAUGACAGAACGGCAAAAAUAUAGUGAUACAUCGGGAAUGACGGCUGAGAAGGGGCAACAAGGAGGUGGAGUCAAACCGAAAACAAACAGGCUGAGGAGAAGCAUAAGACAAACUCAGGCACCUCCAACACUCACUGAGUCGCAAAAAAACGGUCAGGAAGAUUUCAAGACGCCAACUCGUGUGAAAACUAUAUCGCGAUACAACAGUGUAUUCAACAAAGUAAACUCCCCACUGAACGAUUCAGAACUUCAUGAUAUCAUUUGGGAUGCAACUACCCCCUCGCCACUCAGGACAAAUAGCAAAAGAGGCAAAAAGUACUACCCAAACGUUGGAAAUGUGGACAUUUCUGAUAUCGUCAACCGAAUUGCUCCAAAGUAUGGAAGACCUGUUGUUCCUGAGUCAUCCCUGGAUCAGUGGAUUGGAGAAAGUGCCAUUCCUUGCACACCAGAGGUACAGCAGCCCAAGGCAAAGAAGAAAUCCCCAAGGACUAAUGGAGUGGCAGACCUUCUAAAGUUGGCAAAACAGUUUGAUUUUAGCAUUCGGCAAGAUGAAGACAGAGUGAAACAUACGCACAAGCAGAGUUUGGAUCCUCUGUCAGACUCUGAGGACAUAUUGGAUUUUGGUUGCCUACAAAACCAGCCUCCACCCUUUCUGCUUAUUGUUCCACCUGAAACUGCACAGCCUGUUAAAACAAACUGCACACAUUUCUCAAACGACCCCAUUCCUCCUGACCAUGAGAUGGAGGAUGAUUUGGAUUUUUUAUUCGAUGGACCAACUCAACGCAUAAGUGGCAACAUAAGUCAAAAUUCAUUGCCUUGCUCAAUGGAAGCGAAAAUAGCUGCCACUGUUUCAUCCAAACCUAUUUCUGAAAAAGAUCUGGAUUCUUUACAUGGUCACACUUUGCCUCUAUCCUCACUGCCGUUUGUCAAACCAAGCCAGGCGAACAUUGAUUUUGAUGAUGACUGGGGGAGUGAUGACUUGCUGGAUGACUCGCUUGUUUUUGAGAUGACCCAAAACCCGGACAUCUUUGCCCCUCCUAAGCACUGUUCGACCCAAAGCGUGUCGAGUGAAUCAAAAUAUGUAAAUAACAACCCCUCGGCUGUUUCAGACCGUGCUUUUUCUGGACAGCAGCAACGAGGAUGUAGAGAUGUGCAACCGGCUGUGUCUGAAGGGAAGAGUGAACCCAGUAAACACAGGAAAACCUUCACGCUUGAAGCAAAUCCUAAUUUUCAAUUGAAAAUAAGUAGUAAACCAAGUGAAGAGUCCGUCUCAGCGGCACAGGCCAGUUCUUUAGAUAAACCUAAACCAACUCCACCCUGCAACAAAGCUGCUUCUAUGGCAUCCGGUUACCAGCAUAGCCAGCAAACACAGCACCUCUCUAAUGGAACCAAGGCUAUUCAGCAGGCUGUUCUUUUUCACCAUGGUACAUCAGUCUCUACCAAAUCGAACACAUCAGCCGCAACCAACUCUUAUUCAACUAAGCCCCUUCAAGAUGAGGAUAGCUGUUAUCACAAGCAUGCAGAGAACGACAGUUCAAAGGGCACAGAUAUAAUCAGCGCCUCCGCUAGCCCCUGCAUCAUCCCGGAGGAUGACUUGGACUUUCUCUUCGCUUCUGACUCCAUCUGGGAUGACAAAGGCGACGACGACCUGUUGUGCCAGCUAUGUGAUACCCUGGAAAGCCAGGUGGAGAGCAUAGCUGAGCCUGUUAUCACACCCUCCCAGUCUCUCCCCCGCAAUCAGACACCAAGCCGCACCAUCGUCCCUGCGCCUUUAAAUAGCGGCAGACACAAUGUAAAUGGCAACAGAUACGGCGUUAAUCAAAAGACUGAGGCUGCACCGCUCCAAAAUCCUAUCUGGUCAUCCUAUUCACAGUCCGCUCCCAAGGACGGGUGCGUUUUCACCCAGUCUCUCCAUAACAACCGUGUUCCCGUUGCUGUGGUGUCUGGAUCCACCAGAGCGAAUUACGAUGUGUUACCUGGGAAUGCUACCGCUAACUCCAUGUCCAGGCCACAGACCCAGUUAGCAAGGGAAAGGCCAAACCAAAGUAAUGAGGUCCGAGGCACUGACAGGGCAGCUAAGCAUGUCGCUGGGAGUGUCGUCCAGCCGUCGUCCUUCCCGGCUCCUGUAAACCUGACUUCAAACCCCAGUCAGUUCACGUUCAAGAGGCCCUCCGGCGGGAUAUCCAAGUCUGUCAACUAUGUGACCAGCAAAGCUUUUGUUUCAACCCAAGCAGUUGGGAAGUGCUCUGCUGAGGAGAUUGAACUGAAGAAACAGCAGGCCAUGGAGAAGAGACGUCAACGAAUGCUCACUGCCAGCAACCUGACAACUCGAACCUGAGUCCAGGUACAAGAUUUACAACGGCAGAUGUUCUUAGAUGAUGACUUGUCCUUGACUUCCAAAAUGUAUAUAAACUAAUCACGUUGUGUAAUGAUGUGAAAUAAAGUUCACACUUUUAUUUAAGAUA